AUGAGGCUGUCCAGCUUCGUUCUGCUCGCUUUGAUCGGAGGAUGUCUUUGUUACGAUUCCGUCAAAGUGGCCGUAAUCAGUCACCAGUUUUCCGGGCUGCCUCCCUGUGCUCACACAUGCCUUUCGGACCUGUUCGUUGUGACUGCUGAUCUGCUCAGUAUGGAAAAUACGACAGAAAGCUUCAGUGAGCUGUGCAGGACUUACAACGAAGCUGCUCUGUGUGUGGACGAGCAAGAGGAUUGCGUUGGAGGUGUUCUGUUCGACACGAUAUUCGGUGGCCUUGAGACGUUGUGCAGCGAACAGGAGGACGAGAUGGAACAGUUCAGCGACUGCCUUGCUAACUCGACCGAGUUGAUCGUGCAGGACUGCGACGACAAUUGCACGUUCUCGGAAUCGAUAACCAAGCUCUCAGCCGUGGAAUUCUUGCGUCGCAUCACCAGGGUUCACAGAUCUCGCGACAUGAUGUUUGAGCAACUAGGUCCAGUCUGUACGGCCACGGGUUGCAUGACCAGCUGUGUGGCUAGAGGGCUCAAUGAGGAGUGUGGUGAACCUGCUGGAACGAUCGUGAUGGAAGCCGUUUUGAGGCCGUUCAUCAAAGCUGCAACUAUUCUCGAGGAGCUUGGGCCACGUGCCAAAGGACUCGUUGCUCGUCAGAUGCCGGAAGAAUGCCGAUUCCUGGUCGAGAUGGAGCAGCUUCAGAAUAUCAUCAACGGAACUGAGCCGGAGGAGGCAAGCAGUGAGGAAGGUAUUGACAGCGGUAUGGAAGGCAGUUCGAACAGCACUAUGGAAGGAAGUGCCGAAGGUAGCGGCGGCGAGAGUACCGGCGAAGAAAGCGGUGGCGGUGAAGAGGAGAAGUCUGAGCAGUCGGUCAGGUGGCGUGGACACCCGCUUGCCUUCCCGGCCUUCAACAGAGCUCAUAAAGUUGUCGUCAUCGCCACAAAAUCACGUUAUGCGAGAUCUCCCAACUCAAGGGACAAUUCAAGGGAAGUAGUGAGCAAUAUCCUCCUCGGGAGGAACGUCACUAUUCCGCGUUCUCGUGAACACGAUAGCCGUAAUGACAGCCGCGAGCGUCUGAGCGCGGUCCGCGUGCAGAACUGA